GUUUCCGGGAGUGUUUGGUGAUGUGGCUAUGCUCAGAAAUCCAUCCGAGGAAAAAUAUCAAAUAAAGACUAGAUACUUUUACCUGGGAAGCACUCGCUCAGUGCCAUCUUUAUGUUAAGCCGCCUGGCUACAGUCCUCCAGGAGCUCUCUGGAGAGGAGGGCCAAGAUGGAGAACCACAGGGCAUGCUGGUGCCUCAGGUCCCUGCCGGUGAGGCCCAGGCUCCAGAGGAGUCUGAGGUACCUGAGGAGGCCAUGGAGAGGCUGGCUCACCUGGAGCAACUGGUGGUCCAGCUGAAGGAGCUCGUCCGAGACAAAGACACCCAGCUUGUCCAAAAGGACACAGAGCUGGCCAACAAAGAUGUACAGCUCAAAAAUGAAAAGGAAGAAGCAGAGGCUCGAUUCACCAAACUCAAACUGCAGGCCAAAGCUAAGAUGGCUUCACUCAACAAACAGAUAACAGAUUUGAAAGGAUCAGGAGGAGGCACACAGAGCCCAGACAGCUCUUUCUCAGGAGCUGGUGCUGCAGUCGAGGAGGAGCUCCAAGAACUGAAGAACAGGCUGAGUGAGGAGGAGGCCAACAGCAGGGAGCUCCAACAACGGCUGCAGGCCACCGAACAGCUUCUUCAAGAGAAGGAAUCUGUCCAUGCUGAACAGUUGCUGAAGCUGCAGGCUGUGGUCUGUGAGAAGGAUGUGCGUUUCCAAGAGCAGAUCCAAAAGCAUGAAGAGGAGCUUAUGAGGGUCACAGCUCAGUCUCAGAAUGACGGCGAGCUUCAGCAGGCCCUGCAUGCAGCCCAGAGGCACUGUGAAGAGCUUGAGGAGGCCUUAAAAUCUCGCUCCCAGGUGCUUGAAAUGCUGCAGCAGGAAGUGAGCAGUGCUGAUCAGCAAAAACAGAUCCUGACUGCUCAGUUCCGGCAGAUGGAGCAGGAGCUGGCCGAGGCCGUGAAGCUGAGAGAGGAGGAGAGGCAGCAGUGGGCCGAACAGGCCAGCAGGGCCGAUGCAGAACUCGCAGCCCUCCGAACCAGCCUGGAGGCUCUGGAAAGACAGAGGACGGAGAUGGCGAGGCAGGAGAGCGAGCUGGUCUCCCUGCGAGAGGCUGAGCGUGAGAGUCAGGAAGCUCUGGAGAAGGAGAAGAUGGAAGUUGCCAGACUGGAAAGAGAACUGACUGAGAUGAAAGAGGUUGAGCUCGCAGCCGUCCAAUCGAGCCACGAUGCUUCAGAGAGAGACAGAGCAGAAAUAGCUCGGCUUGAAAGUGAACUUGCAUCUAUGAGGGAGACAGUCGCUCGUGCCAACCAGGACGCCUUAGAGAGGGAGAAGUCAGACGUUGAUAAACUAGAGAGAGAGCUGGCUUCACUGAAGGAGGAGCAGGGAGGCGCCCAGAAGAAGGGGCAGAUCCUGGCUGAAGUCUGGAGACAUUUGCGAGCUCUGGCUCUAGAUGAUGUACAAGCAGCAGAGGAAAACCCCGUCCCCGCUGACCUUUCCCUGCUCCUGGACACAGUGCAGUCGAUUGACACCCAGCUGAGAAGUCUGAAAGACAAACAGAGUGAGAGUGAGGAACAUUGUGCAGAGCUCACCCACACCAUGGAAACCCUUCAGGAACAACUGGACAGAAAAACCACAGAGCAGGAGGAGGCCACUGCCAAGAUCCAGCAGUUGGAGCAGCAGAUUGUAACGUUGUCUGAUAGAGAUGAUGUGACCGAACCGUCAGCACAGGAUCCAUCUGAAGCUGAAAAAGCACACAUACUGGCACUGGAGCAGCAGCUAUUAGAAAAAGACAAUGAGCUGGUUGCCUUGCGAGAAUCCCUCAGACUGGCUAAAGGCCACGGCUCCAGUGAAGUCGCAUCAAGUGAAACCUACGAUCAGACUCCAGACCGGGAUGAGGAUGCCAGCACAGUCCCCUGUGACAGUUCUGCAGCUCUUCCUGACCUAAUGGAGGAUACACGGGAAGAAGACACCACCUUAGUAGCUGAGGACACCUCUGUCCUGUCCGUUUCUGCUGAUAAUGAGAGCAGCCCAGAGCUUAUUGGAAACCAAUCUGAGUCCCCAGAGGAAUCAAAAGGGACUUCCUCAGACGAGAUGGUCGCCAGUAGUGAUUCAGAGGUGGCCCACAGCAGCUGGACCCUGCUGGAAGCUGUGAAUCAAGAUGGUGGCCAGGAGUGGCCCUCCGUCCUGCAGGACUUUGGCCAGCUGCAGCUGCAGUCGUGGGAGGCGACGAGCAUGGAGCAGGAAUCCUCCACAGUUCAAGUUGAGUCCUCGUCUGUCAUCAUCCGAGAGACGGUUCAGGUUCAUCUAACUCAGCAGAGUUCUUCCUCCACAGAGGUUAACAUGCCCUCUGGCCAGGUCUUUGCUCAGGCCUUAGCUGAGGAACUCCAGAAGAGGUACAGUGAACUUUUGGCUGAGCUGCAGAGGCUCAGAGAGGCAGCUGCAGAAUCACAGGAGAAAAUCAAGAGUCUGGAGGAAGAAACACAGUCCCUGAUAGCUGCCAAAGAAGAGGCAGAGACCCAGGCCAGUAACUCUGCAGAGGAGCUUCAGUUAGCCAGAGUGGAGUUGGACAAGAUUUCCCAGCAAAGCAGCUCAGUGAUGGAGAAGCACGGUGUUGAAAUGCAGCUUCUAGAAGAACAGAUAGACAUUUUGAACUCUGAAAGUAAAGCGAAGGAGCAGAAGAUCCAGACCCUGCAGAGUGACUUGGAAGCAACCCACCAGGCUCUCUCUGAGCAGGAGGGUCAGGCCAGGAUGCUGAGUGCUCAGCUGGAGGAGAGGGAACUCCUCUCCUCUGAGCUUGAAAGGAGGCUGCAAGAUAUGGAAAACAGCAUGCUGGAGUAUUCCCAGACUUCAGAUCUCAACAACGAGUCUUUGUCAAAGAAGGACUCAGAGCUCAGUGAGCUACAGCUUCGUCUCAGUCAGAGGGAGCAUGAGAUGAUGGAGCUCAGUGACAGUAUGUCUGCUAAGCUCCUUCAAGUGGAGGAAGAGAAGUUCCAGACAGAUCGUGAAGUCAGUAAAUUGAAAGAGCAGAUAGCGGAACUUGAGAAAGUGAGAGAUGAGAAACAGCAAGCGAGCUGCGAAGACUCAGCAGCUCAUGCAGAUAGUGAACUUGGAAGUUUACGAAAGGAGAAACAAGUGCUGGAAACCCAACUAGCAAACACAAAGAAGAAGCUGCAGGCUGCACUUGUGCAGCGCAAAGAGCUCAUGAGGAAGGUUGCUGAUUUUGAGGUAGAGGCAAAAAAAUGGAAAGAGCAAGAUGAAUUAGCAAAGGGAGAAGCUCCUGCAAAUAUUCCAGAGGUAGGAAAAACUAGUGGACAUGAGAUUCAAGAAAUGGAAGCUAAACUCCUGGACCUUGAGCAAGCUUUGAGAUCCAAAGAGGAGACAGUUGAAACGCUUGAGCUGAAAAUUAACCAACAGGAUCAAGUCAUUGCUGAGACGCUAGCCCUGAAUAGAAAGCUAAGUGAAGAAGCUGAAAACACUCAGCAGGCAUCAGACAUUUCUUCUGAAGCAACUGUGUUACAGUCCCAGGUGGCCAGUCUUGAAGCAGAGUGUGAAACGCUUCAGAAGAAGGUUCAGGAGGCUCAGGAAUCUCGCAAAGAAACCAUCCGGAAAGCAAAAGAGAAAGACAGACACCACCGUGAACAACUGAAGCAGCAGAAAGAAGAAUACAGUGAGCUGAUGGGACGUUUUGAGGCGCAGAGUGGAGAAAGAGAAGUCCUCCUUUCUAAACUGAGAGAAUUAGAAGACAAAGUGAGCGCCGAGAGGGAGGCCAUGCCCCACCAAGAGACCAAACAACAAGCUGAAAAUCUGGACAAGCAAGCAGCAGGUGACUGGGUCCAGGAGGACUGGGUGGAUUUUGCCACAUCUGAGGCUGAGUCAGCACAACCACAAACCAGUGAUCCAGUUCAGCGUCCUGCAGAGACGUCUGAUGUCCACGCUGCACAAAUGGAGGAAUCUCUGAAAGCUCUCAGGGAAGAGAUCCAAACUGUGCGGGCGGCAAACACAGAGCUGGAGAGGCAGCUCCAGGAAGCUCAGGCCAGUCUUUCACUGAAGGAGGCCGAGUUACUGGAUUUGGGCAAAGAGCUACAGGCACUAAGAGAAAAGGAAAAACAGAUUGAUGCACUCUCAGAGGAAAUGGACAAUCUUAGAGAACAGUAUCGCCAAGCUGAGUCUUACGCAGAAACUCUAAAAGCAGAGAUGGAAGCUGCAGCCGCAUCAGCAUCUUCAGAUUCAAAAUCCUCCCUUGUAACUCUUCAGGCUGAAGUGGAAGACUUCAAACAGUUUCUCGACAACAAGAACCACGAGAUAAUGGAGCUCAGUCAGCAGCUUAGUGAGCAGAACUCUCUCUUACACUCAAUGCAGGACGUGGUGUCUGAGAAGGAUCAACUAAUAUCUUCUCUACAGGAAGAAUUGAAGGUUGAGCAGGAGAAGACCCAGAGGUUAGAGGCCGAGAUCCCACAGAAGCAGGAGGAAGAAAAAGACAGUGAGGAAAAGAUCCAGCAGCUGCAGCGAAAACUUCAGGCUGCUCUGAUCUCUCGCAAAGAGGCCCUCAAAGAAAACAAAACGCAGAAGGAGCAACUGGCCACAACUGAGAAGCUCAUUGCUGAGCUGCAGCAGAAAAUGGAGUCGGCAGAAGAUGAGCUGGAGAAGCUGAGAGCAGAAAGACUUAAACUGAUCGAUGAGGUUGAUCGAACGUUACUGGAGAACCAAAGCCUGGGAUCAUCCUGCGAGAGCCUCAAACUGGCCAUGGAAGGCAUAGUGAAUGAGAAGGAUGCUUGUAAGAGAGAAGUGGAGUUGGCCAAAGAAGAGGCUGCCAGGGUGAGCAGAGAAUGGGGGGAAAAGGUUCAGGGCAUGAAGGACGAGUACGAGACUUUGCUCAAGUCCUAUGAAAACGUGAGCGACGAGGCAGAGCGAGUGAGACGUGUCCUGGAGGCAGCGAGACAGGAGAGACAGGAGUUAGCAGCCAGAGUGAGGACGCAUGAGGCUGCAAGGCAGGAAGCUGAGAGGCAGGCAGAGGUGGCACAGAAGGAGGUGGACUCAGUGAAAGACAAAAUGAGAAAAUUUGCUAAAACAAAGCAGCAGAAAAUACUGGAGUUAGAGGAGGAGAAUGAGAGACUGAGAGAGAUGCAGGAAAAGCCUGUCAUAAAACGAGAGGACAGGACUCUUAAAGCUGAGGUGGAAAGACUUCAGGAAGAGCUGGGGGCUUUGAAAGCUGAUCUGGAUGCUACAGCGGCAGAGAGAGACUCUUUAGGGCAGCAGGUUGAAGAACUGAGAGAACAACUUGUCCAGAUGGGAGAGAAAGAGAACAGUGAAACUCAAGAGACUCCACUCAGCUCUGCAGCUGUUGUAGAAGAGGCUGUGACUGCCCAGAAAUUAGACACAGUGAUGACCAAAGCAGAGCCAGAGAGUCCACGUGAAGACAAAGAAAAACCCUUGACUCCAGAAGAGACUCCAGAUGACCAAAUAAUUGCAGAGUCUGCACCAGAAACACAUUUGCAGCCUACGCAGGAGAAAGAAAAAGAAGAAAUGACUGAAAGUGCUCAGAUUUUAUUGGAGGCUAAAAUGAGGGAGAUGGAGGCAACUGUUAACACAGAGAGGGGACUGUGGCAGCAACGGGAGGCUGAACUCAAAGCUGAACUGGCCUCUCUUGAGCGAGACCUCCAGCAAAGUAAAGAGAAACUGAGUCUUGUGGCUUCUCUAGAGACGUCCCUGCAAGAAAGCAAAGAGAGAGAAACAAGUCUGAUUGAACAGGGGUCAAAGAGGGAAACUCAGGUCAAAGAACUCCUCAGAAGCCUUGAAACUGAGAAGGAUAACCUGGAGGAGCGUCUGAUGAACCAGCUGGCCCAACUCAACGGGAGUAUCGCCGGUUACCAGCAAGAGACGGCAGACAACCGGGAGCACCUGGCUGAACUUCAGCGGGAGGUGGAGAGGUUGGAGAGGGAGCGAGCUGAACUCGAGGCCGAGGCUCAGAGCGAGAGGGACCGGGCAUUCAGACUGGAGGAGGACAUGAGGCAAGCCCAGAGGGAGAGAGCUGAAGCUGAAGCAGAGUCUGGUAAGCAGAGGGAGCUGGAGCAGCAGCUGAGGUCUGCUCAGAGAGUCAAAGAAGGCAGCCAGAGCAGAGCACGUCAGCUGGAAGAACUGCUGAGGGAGAAGCAGCUGGAGGUCCGACAGCUGCAGAAGGACAGCAUCCAGUACCAGGAGAGGAUCAGUGAGCUGGGGAGGGAAGCUAAGGCACUGCAGCUGCGUCACACUGAGCUCAGCAACAAACUAGAACAAUCCCAGCUGGAGACUUCCAAAACUUUAGAGGACCUGAAAAGGAUGGAGGCAGAGUUGGCUAGCUGCAAAUCUCAACUGGAUGAGGUCCAGAAUCAGUUAAGCAAGGCCUUAGCUGAGAAAACAACCUUAGAACAGAGUGCCCAGCAGAAAGAGGCCCUGAUGAAAGCUGAGGCAGAGCAAACACUGGACUCUGUGAGAUUCAGGCUGGGAGCUGAACUGAAGGAGAUGGAGCUGAGGCUGGAGGAAGCCUAUAGAGAACGGGAAAAGGAAGAGGAGGCCACGCUGGAGGCCAGAGACAUGGCAGAGGGAGCUGAGAGACGAGCACAGGAGAUGCAAGCCCGUCUAGAUGAGUCUCUGGCCAGGUUAGCUGCCUUCUCACGUUGCAUGUCCUCAUUGCAAGACGACCGAGACAGAGUUCUGGAUGAGACCCGGCAGUGGGAGACUCGCUUUCAUGAUGCUCUGCAGGGUAAAGAGGCAGAAGUCCGGGAGGCUGAAACACGGGCCAAGGAACUGGCAGAACAGCUUCAGAUAGAAACUGCACUGAAAGAGGAGCUUCAACUUUCAGUGGACAGACUAGAGAAAGCAGACAAAGACUGGCAGUCGAGACUGGAAGAAGAGAAAAAUAAAGUCAAAGAGAGUCAAGCUGUCCUCACGGGGGAGAGGAGAGAGCUUCAACAAACCACAGCUGAGUUGCAGUCUGCACAAACUGAAGUCCGUGCUCUGACAGAUGAGCUGGAGGGUCUUCGUCACAGAGUCCAGGCUCUGGAGGAGGCUGUAGGUCGGCUGAAGGGUGAAGCUGACCAGGCCAGGACUGAGCUGACAGAGAGGGAGGCAGAAGAGAGGCGACUGUGUCUGAACGUGGAGCAGCUGGAGACUGACCUGAGGUCCUCUAAGGCCUUGACCGAGAGUCUGCAGGCUGAGUUAAAUGAGAAGGAAAGGAGAGAAGUGGAAAUGCUGGGGGAGAAGGAGCAAGCUGUUGCUCAGGCUGCUGACGAGGCUAGAAGGGAGGCUGACAGCCGGGCACAAGAAGCUGAGGAGGAGCUGGAGCAGAGAAGAGGAGAAUUGAGGGAUCUGGAAGAAAAACUGCGAAAGGCAGAGGAAGAGAGCAACAGCCGAAAAGCCAGACUGGACUCUUUCACCAAGGCCAUGGGCUCCUUGCAGGACGACAGAGACAGAGUCCUUAACAUGUACAAACAGCUGGAGGAGAAACACCUGCAGGUGAUGAUGGAGAAGGAUGGUCUGAUCCAAGAGGCAGCAGGGGAGAACAACAGCCUGAAGGAGGAGCUCCGCUCUCUGCUGGUCCAGAGAGACGACCUGUACGCUGAAAAGGCCAAGCUGUCCGCUCAGCUUCACGGCUAUCGUGACGAACUUAACCAAGUCCUGAGCAUGAAGGACUCCCAGCACAAACAGCUUCUGGCAGCUCAGAGAGAGCGGAUCACUUCUCUGGAAAGGGAACGUGAAGAGUUGGAAAGUCAGUUAAAGAGUGUUAGCAGAGCCAGAGAGACAGAAGUAGAAGCAGGGAGAGUGGAGAGGGAGACUCUGAGUCAGGCUGCUGACAGCAGGACAGCAUCACAGGUCAUAGAUGCACCUGGUGCAGAGGUUGAGAAGCUGAGGGAGCAGCUGCAGGCUACAAGAGAGCAAGUGGAGGCUUUAGAGGAGAGCCUAGCAAGGGAGAGACAAGAGCACCACAGCAAGAGCAAAGAGCUGGCUGAGCUGCAGUGGGAGGGAGGUGUGAUGCGGACAGAGUCUGAGAGCGCUCAGGAGAGGGUGGCAGAGCUGGCCCGAGACCUGCUGGCCGUGGAGCAGAAGCUGCUUGAGGAGAAAGAGGUGACGACGCAGCUGAGAGCAGAGAACCAGUCAUUUGCCAAAGCCAUGGCGUCCCUCCAGGACAGCAGAGACAAAGCAACAAGCAAGGCCCAGGAACUGAACCUGAAGCUGGAAGAGAUGAGCAAGGCAGGUGGGCACACAGCACACAGCAGCCCCGGAGGCUCCACUGGAGAAGUGUGGGGCCUGAAGAACGCACUACAAGCCCUUCAAAAUGACAGGGAGAGACUGCUGGAACAGCUUCAAGCACAAACAUCUGAGCUGAAGAAGCAGAAAUCGGAGCUGGCUCGGCUGGGAUCAGGAGAGCUGAUCAGAGUCAGCCAGGACCUGUUUGAGGAGAAGAAGAAGAACGAAGACAUGCUGGGUGCCAUAACGGAGCUGGAGAGUGUGGUGCAAAGGGACAAGCAGGAAAUAGAGACACUCAGGCUGGAGCGAAUCGACUGGAUGGCUCAAGCAGAGCAGCUGAAGCAGCAGACCCUCACCACACUCUCAGAGAGGGACCAACAACUGCGACAGCUCACCGCUAUGCUGGAAGAAGCUCGCACUCAUAAGCCCAAAUUUCAGCAGGAACAAUAUCAGAGAGGGGGGACAGAGAAAGUGGACAGUCCUCCUGGAGCCCCACAGGAGCGGAGCAGCCUGCUGGACAGCCACACCUACACAGCUGAGGUCAAAGAGUUACAGCGGAGGCUAGAAGAAGAGGUGCAGCAGAGGAUGGCUGCCGAGGAGCAGCUAAUGGCCACGCAGGACCGACUCAAACAUCACAGCCAGGCUAAAUGGCACUCUGCACACGAAGGAGAUCACUCAGAGACUGCUGUUUUUAUCGAGCCGCCGGAAGGAGCUGUCACUCGAAGUCGGAGAGGUGGCCCGGGUUUGAUGCGGAUGCUCCGAGCGGCCUUCUGCUCUCGCCAACGCACCCCUCUGCUGUUCAGCCUCUAUUUGCUCACUGUGCACGUCCUGCUGCUGCUGUGCCUCGGCGGAUACCUCUGAAACCAGCUCCCUUUAACAAACCUGACAGAUAAGAGAGAGAGAGAGAGAGAGAGAGAGAGAGAGAGAGAGAGAGAGAGAGAGAGAGAGAGAGAGAGAGAGAGAGGAGGGGAAAGGAAAUGUGACACAGACCUAACUCAAGCCAUCAGUAUGUUUUAUGUUGUUACAUGUAAUCAAUUAAAGGGUGUGAAGGAUAUUCUACACACUCAUUGCACUUUACAGGACUUAAACUUUUAGCCAAAGUAUAUAUAGGUUUAUGUAGGGAGCUGCUGAUUUUAACCAUUUUGAGUGUGACAUGACGGGUUUUUCUAGUCAGAAGGGACAAUGUUUUAAUUUUCCUCCUUUCCUUUUUCCUGUGGUUUAGGUAAAAAAAAAAAAAAAAAGAAGAUUCAUAUCAUGAUCAGAUAUUUUGGCAGAUGGUGCUCUUUCUGUGCCUUUAGAUUUGGAUAUAAAAAGG